GCUCUCCACCCGCAGACUCCGCGCCUGAGCCGUGCGCGCUGGGCACUCGCUUGCCGCCCGCCAACCCGACACACCGGGGCGCAGCGGGAGCCCGUGCGGGGCGGGCGGCCGUCCAUGCGGCGGCGCUCAGGAAGCACGCGGGGCUGAGGAGGCGGACGCUCCGGGACCAGCCCAGGAGUUGAACCUGCAGAAAACUGGGGACACCUCUGAGGAACCCUUGCCUUAGCCUGGACCUGCAGCAUCAUGGUUUCCCAUUUCACAAGCUGUCUCAGUGUGCUGGGCGCCCUCCUGAUGCUUGCUUCUCAGCUUGUUUGCCCGCAGCCCUCUACUGAACACAGAAAGGUUCCGCAGCGGAUGGCAGUAGCAGAUGGAAGCCCAGAGGACAGCGGUGGUGGCUCACCAGGAGUUUGGGGCUCCUGGGGCCCCUGGUCUGCCUGCUCACGCAGCUGCAGCGGUGGUGUGAUGGAGCAGACCCGGCCCUGCCUGCCCAGCUCCUACCGUGGCCGCGGAGGCUUGCGGCCCAGUGGCCCUACGCUGCCCUUUGCUGGCCACGUUGUGUCGGCUGUCCGCACUUCAGUACCGCUGCAUCGAAGCCGUGAGGAGCAACGGGCCCUGGUGGGCUCCGACGCCAGCCGCCCAGGCCCCACAGUGGUUCGGGGCAGCCGACACCCGCAGUCCCGGGGCCGAGAACCCUCAGAGAGAAGGAGCAGGACCCGAGGUCCCAUCGGCCCUGGCAAGUAUGGCUACGGGAAGGCGCCCUACAUCUUACCGCUGCAGACGGAUACCACACAUACUCCACAGAGGCUUCGGAGACAAAGGCCUUCAUCCCGGCAUUCCAGGUCCCAGGAGGCAUCUGCUUCUAGGCAGGGAUACAGACCACCAGCCCACCAGUUCUCCCACAACGGACCUCUCUACCAAAGUGACAGUGGCCCCCGUUCUGGACUGCCGGCUUCUGAGGCCUCUAUCUACCAGCUGCCCCUGACUCAUGAUCAGAGCUAUCCUGCAGCUCCAGGUCUCUUCCACAGCCCGGAAUUGAGCAGUAACAGUGGUGCCAGGCCCCAGGGGGCAGCUCAGGCCUUUUCCCAGCCUCUGCGAUCUACAGCAAUCUCCUGCAUCGGGGCCUAUCGGCAGUACAAACUGUGCAACACCAAUGCGUGUCCGGAAAGUGGUAGAAGUAUCCGGGAGGUACAGUGUGCAUCCUACAACAACAAGCCAUUCAUGGGCCGGUUUUAUGAAUGGGAACCGUUUGCAGAAGUAAAAGGCAAUCGCAAGUGUGAGUUGAACUGCCAAGCAAGCGGCUACCGCUUCUACGUACGGCAAGCUGAGAAGGUCAUCGAUGGCACCCCCUGUGACCAGAAUGGCACAGCCAUCUGUGUGUCAGGACAGUGCAAGAACAUUGGCUGUGACGACUUCCUGGGCUCUGACAAAGUUGUGGACAAGUGUGGGGUGUGUGGAGGUGAUAACACAGGCUGCCAGGUGGUGUCGGGAGUGUUCAAGCAUGCCCUCACCAGCCUGGGCUACCACCGAGUUGUAGAGAUCCCCCAAGGAGCCACGAAAAUUAAUAUUACAGAAAUGCACAAGAGCAACAACUAUUUGGCCUUGCGAAGUCGCUCUGGCCGCUCCAUCAUCAACGGGAACUGGGCGAUCGACCGCCCGGGGAAGUAUGAGGGCGGAGGGACAAUGUUCACCUACAAGCGACCCAAUGAGAUCUCCAGCACUGCUGGGGAGUCCUUUCUGGCUGAAGGUCCCACCAAUGAGAUCCUGGAUGUCUAUAUGAUACACCAGCAGCCCAACCCAGGAGUCCACUAUGAGUAUGUGAUCAUGGGGAACAAUGCCAUCAGCCCACAGGUGCCACCCCACAGGAGACCAGGAGAGCCUGUCAAUGGGCAGCUGGAGGCCGAAGACAGGAGCCCGGAGGACAGAGAAGAGAGGGAGAAGAACCAGGAGAAGGAAGACUCACAUGGCGAGGCCCCUGAGGUAUUGACGUCAGAAUCCUCGCACACACAGACCUUCCCCGUCAGGCAUCCUGACAGAUUCCCUUCCCACCGACCAGACAACUUGGUGCCACCAGCCCCACAGACCCCCAGGCGAAGCCGGGACCACAACUGGAAGCAGCUGGGGACGACAGACUGCUCCACCACCUGUGGGAAAGGAUCGCAGUACCCGAUCUUCCGCUGUGUGCACAGGAACACACACGACGAGGUUCCUGAGAGCUACUGUGACCCCAGCAUGAAGCCGACCCCAGAAGAGGAACCCUGCAACCUCUUCCCCUGCCCAGCCUUCUGGGACAUCGGGGAGUGGUCCGAGUGCAGCAAAACCUGUGGCCUGGGCAUGCAGCACCGCCAGGUCCUGUGCCGCCAGGUGUAUGCCAACCGCAGCCUGACGGUGCAGCCCUACCGAUGCCAGCACCUGGAGAAGCCUGAGACCACCAGCACCUGCCAGCUCAAGAUCUGCAGCGAGUGGCAGAUUCGGACCGACUGGACCUCGUGCUCGGUGCCCUGUGGCGUGGGGCAGCGGACCCGGGAUGUGAAGUGUGUGAGCAACAUCGGGGACGUGGUGCAUGACGAGGAGUGCAACAUGAAGCUGCGCCCCAGUGACAUCGAGAACUGUGACAUGGGGCCCUGCGCCAAGAGCUGGUUCCUCACGGAAUGGAGUGAGAGGUGCUCGGCCGAGUGUGGGGCUGGGGUGAGGACUCGUUCGGUGGUGUGCAUGACCAACCAUGUCAGCAGCCUGCCUCUGGAAGGCUGCGGGAACAACAGGCCGGCCGAGACCACGCCCUGUGAUAACGGGCCCUGCACGGGCAAGGUGGAGUGGUUCGCUGGCAGCUGGAGUCAGUGUUCGGUCGAGUGUGGCAGUGGGACGCAGCAGAGGGAGGUGAUCUGCAUUAGGAAGAACGCAGACACCUUUGAAGUGCUGGACCCCUAUGAGUGUUCAUUCCUGGAGAAGCCCCCGAGCCAGCAACCCUGCCACCUCAAGCCUUGUGGAGCUAAAUGGUUUAGCACGGAAUGGAGCGUGUGCUCCAAGAGCUGUCAGGGCGGAUUCCGAGUCCGGGAAGUACGGUGUCUGUCAGAUGAUAUGACCCCGGGCAGCCUCUGUGACCCCCAGUUGAAACCAGAAGAAAGAGAAUCUUGUAACCCUCAGGACUGUGUCCCUGAAGUUGACGAAAACUGCAAGGAUAAGUACUACAACUGCAACGUGGUGGUCCAGGCGCGCCUCUGUGUCUACAACUACUACAAGACCGCCUGCUGCGCCUCCUGCACCCGCGUGGCCAACAGACACACAGGCUUCCUGGGGAGUCGGUAACACUCCUGCUCUCCUGGGGCUGCAAGCAGGGCACCCGGCUGGUUGCUGCUCCACCGGGGACCCCCACUCUCACCUUCCUGAAGAGUACCACAUGGUCCCCAAGAUGUUAGAGAGCCAUGGCUGGCCCUUUGUGCAUUGCUUUGUCCUGAUGAUUCCCUUCCUUGGGACCUGGCACCUGCUAAUGGCGCCCACUGAAAACCAAGCAGCCAAGUGCAUGCAGCUCUCAUCCCAGUGUUGUGCUGGACCAAUGGCCAAGCACAGCCUCCUUCCUGGUGCCCCUGGCCUGUCCAGAAUUAGCACUCCUCCGGAAAGUCAAGAGAGGACAGCACCCCAUCCUAUAUCACCAACAAGCUUUGCUGAGACCUGUGCAUCCCUGUUACCUCAGCCCAGCUGUGCCUGUCACCUUCUUAAUGACAAUAGACUGUUUCCUGCCUCAGGACAGAGGGAUCUCACAAUAGAAAGCUUUCUUGUCUAGCGGGGACUUGCAUUCUCAGACAUUCGCUCGCUGGAGGCCGCAGCGUCAUAGAAUGGGAGGCAGGGGUUGAAUAAGUGUUCCCACUUUACUAUCAAGGAAACUGAGGCUCACCUCAGGUAACUGGCCUGCCAUUUUGUGGCAGGGCUGAGUACCUACCUCAGAUGGCUGAGCAUAAUCUCACCCCACGGUACCUCCAGGGACCAGCCUGGGGCCUGUCCAUAGGCCUGUAGUCUAAAGGAUGAACGGGGCUUCCUAUCUGACCAGGAAGCUGAGAAGUUUUGCAUUCUGUGAACAGAACCCAGGCUUCUGAAGCCCUUGCUCUGUCCCCAAGUGCUGCCUCAACCAAGUACUUAGUUCUUUCAAGAUGUCCACACCCCUGUUCCCCUUCCCUCAGUCGCAGCUCCUGCUGACAGGACUCUGUGGUAUUUGCUAAGUUCCAUCUUCAACAGAACCGUCCCACAAGACAAGAAAGCCACAGGGAGAGCAAGAAGGGGGCCAGCGAUUCUCUGGGCCACUCUGGAGCUGGAACAAACUCCCGAAGCCCACAAGCUCUUGUUCCACCAUCCCUCCUGGGUUCUUCAUGGUGUACCACCUGCCGGAAAGCCAAGCCAGUAGUCCCAGCAAAUCUCCGGGUUGCAAAAGGCGGAGUCUUAUUUGGCCCUUGUGGGUUGAUUAAAGGGGUUCUCUCUCUCUGGUAGUCUCACAUCUUUCCCCUCCCCCUCCUCCUCUUCCCUUCCCUUCUCUCCCCUCCCCUCCCCUGUGACUCAUGACUCUUACUUCCCACAAGACUUGACCAUCGAGAUCCAUGUUAAUGAUGCGGGUCUGGGAGACAGAGCUCUGAAGUCCUCCCCAUCUUUACUGAAUCACUUUACCCACCUGUAAUUCCAGAGGCCCCAGGCCUGAAGGGUCUCAGUGCAUAUUGAAAGGUGAACCAUCUCUAGGGGUUGGGGGAGACGAUUAAGGGGAAUAUUUUUUUUUCUUACUUCGGAUCCUAGGCAUGUUUCUCUUAAAGCAAGCACAUACCCUUAGCCCAGGGUCCCUCCCUGAGCUCAUUGCCUGCACCAGGCAGUGUGGCAAUCAUUCACAGCCAUGGGGAUAGUGUCACCUGCCUGGUCUGACACACUCUGUUGGGAUCCACUGGCUUUGGCCUUCUGUGAGGAUCUCCCAGCAUCCAUCUCUGCCUGGGAAGCCAGGCACCACUUCCAUCAGCAGCUCCGCCUCUCCUGGGGUUCAUGCGGCACGCAGAUACACAGCCAGGCAGAGCGCACGCUUACCAUGCUAAGCACGAAGAGAAGCCACGGCACACACAGCUUCUGUCCGGUUCCCUCCCGGCCCCUCUCACUGCAUGCUUUUGCUCAUCCCAGGUAACUUUUCCUUUGUGCGGCCGUUCUCAGAUCUUGCUGGACAAGCCAGUCAUUUGAAGGUUUCCUUGGAAGGUGUUUGUGUACCUGCCAGAGGGUAAGGCAUGCAUGGUCUGUGGGUUAAAACAAGGCUUGGCAUUAGCUCCAGGGAAGGAAAAUGUCCUCUCAGCUGAAGCCACCAACAGUGGACUACACAGGGACUAAAGAACUUCUCUGUGGAGAAUGAGCAUCCUGGUCCUUCCAACUCACAAAUUCUCAGGGCUGGGCUGGAUUGAUGAUGGCUUUGUCUGUCCAGUGUCUCAGACAUCACCUCAUAGUUCUUAGAAAGGGCAAUGAUCGCCUGUGGAGUGGGAGUAGGUCAGAGCCAAGGGUCAGGCCCUGGUCUUCAGGCAAAAAAAAAAAGAAAAGAAAAAAGAAACACCUCACCUGAGUUCAAUGGAUUUUUCCAGAAAAAUGAGCUGUGCUCAGGAGUUCAGUCACUUUUUAAAGGUUAUAGAUUUCUAGAAUGGAGUCGAUUAACCUCUGUGUUGCAGAAGGCCAACCUGGCAAAUGUCUUGGUUUCAUCUUCCAUCACCUGUACGGCUUUUCUCCCUACCACAGUGUGUGCGGUGGGGCCUUGGGGAUCCCCAGUGAUCACCAAGGAAGGGAUGCCUGUACCCAAAGAUGGUUCUUUAUCUGCUAUCUCCUUCUCAGGACUCUCCACAUUCCCUUCAUUGGCUGUGACGUGGAAUUGAAAUCUAUAUUUCAAUACUGAUUAUCCCCCGCCGUGAGCCAGAGGGCCACAUCCCCAGCUCUGAAUGAAAAAUUAGAUAAAUUAAAGCUACUGUGUAGUCUUUCUCAACAAAAAUCAACAAAGCCCCAAAUGAAAAGCAUGUGCUGUUUCUCUCUCACUGAGUGGAAGAAAAGAACCUUUCUUGCAGCCCUUGUGGAGUCUAUUUCGGUUUACCUCCCAGGGCCUGCAGGAAAUACGCCAUCCGACCACUAGAGGGAGCAGUUCCCUUCUCGUAAACCAUGCUCAACCUCAAAUACGCCAUCUGACCACUAGAGGGAGCAGUUCCCUUCUCGUAAACCAUGCUCAACCUCGUAGCCUGGGAGCUUUGCUCUUCCAUCUCUGUCUGGCUCAGGGAGGGAGUUCUCACAGCUGCCCCAGCUGCUCCUUUGCAUCACUUGUCAGCCCAGGAUUUCUGGGUUUUGUCCUCCUUCCUUGCUGUUAGUACGCAUCAUCUAUUUGUUCUCUGAGCGUUUACACCCAACACUCUCUCUUGAAAAGGUAGCUUUCCAGAGGGCUGGAAAGUGGGAGAUGCUAGCUUAACUUGUUGUGUGGUGUGGAGAACUCCAGACACUGCUAACACCUGUCCAAGAUAGUCUCCUUGUUUUAUUAAUAGCUGUCUUUGAGUUGGCAUGUGAGUUUUCCUAUGUAAAUAUGAGGAACAGAAUGAAAGACUACAUCACCACAGGGCGAAUGAUCUGUCAGCCCUGCAGGUGGAGGCCGGCAUCUGAUCCUUGCCAGAUAAAACAUGUAUGUCUGUGUGUGUGGCUUAGAUGUCUUAGGAGAAAACUGGCCGAUGCCCUCACCUCAGAGAGCCAACUGCUAGGGGCAGAGGAGUCUGGAAAGAGUUAUUAAAAAUAAAAAGUGGCCAAGCGGUGGUGGCGCACACCUUUAAUCUCAGCACUCGGGAGGCAGAGGCAGAUGGUUCUCUGCGAGUUCGAGGCCAGCCUGGGCUACAGAGUGAGUUCCAGGAAAGGUGUAAAGCUACACAGAGAAACCCUGUCUCAAAAAACCAAAAAAUAAAAAAUAAAAGGUGAAGAGAAAGCCCAGAUCUCAACAGUUAGUUCACUGGGAAGCAGCUAACGCCUAUCUUUGGAUUAAAAGAAUAACUGUGUAGUUGAAAGGGAAGAAUUUCAGCCAAGUUCAAAUGAUUCAAGCAAGUGGGGAGGAAGCGUCAAAAUAUAAAUGAUGCCUGGAUGAGUAAGCCAGCUCUAUAAACAUGGUGCCUCAGCUGCAACGUCCAAGGCUCAGAACCCACAUGCAAAAAGCCAGAUGUGGUGCUACUCACUUGUGAUCCCAGCAUGGGAGAGGCGCAGACAGGUGGGUCCCUGGGGCUCACUAGGUGGCCAGCCCAACCUACUUGGCAAGUUCUAGGCCAGUGAGAGACGGUGUCUCAGAGAAAGCAUUGUGGAUGUCACCUGAAGAACAACACUUGGUGCUGCCCUCUGACCACCACGCACACACACGUGUGUCUGUGUAGAAGCCAUUCCACAAGCCACCAAGGCCACAGAGAUAACAUGGGUGGAAGUCAAGAUACAUAUGUCUGUAGGAAGACUACUGCUCAUAUGUCACGUUUAGGUGGGGUUUUCCAACCCUGAUAAAGAGGACAGACUGUUAGACACAUUGUGUGUGUGUGCGGGGGACUUCUGAGAUGUGACAUCUGCAGACGAGACUCCCUGAGAAUCCUCAGUGAAACAGAAUAACAAACUUCUGCAAGCUAGAACCUUCUGUGGGUGUAGGGAUGCCGGAGACAGUAGCCUCUCCUUAGACGUGGCAGUGGAGACAGGAUGGGUAUGUCAGGAUGUGGGAAGGGAUCUGGAUAUCUUUCUUGGCAACACGCUGUUCAAGGUCAUCUCCAAGUCCAGGGUUCUAUGGCUCUCCAUGUGACACUGCUCUGAGUGUUACGUCUGCUUAGAGGCAGCAGGUGACUGCUCUCCUUCAUCUUGUUCGUAACUGCUACCACCUUGUCACCAUUUGAAACCCCUCAGCGCCCCUUCCUGUGAGUAGCAUGUGGCCUCAUAUGGCAGCCACUGUCAGCCUGGUCAGAGCUGUCUCCAUAUGUGUGCUUCACAAAAAGAACACACAGACAUGGGCCAGCUAACUGCCUGCCUAGGGUCAUACACCUCCAUGGAGGCAGCCUUGACUAGCCUGGGACACUCACCUCCAAUCUCUUUUGGAAGGACACCUUGCUGACAAAGAGUAACUCUCAACCCCAAACUGUCCUUUAUUUUUCUGAAUCCUCGUUCCGAUGGGAAUACCCAUCGUGCUGUGGAAAGUGACCCCAAGAGUUCGGAAACGCCCCGCCUCUUGAGAUGAUGAGCCCCUGGUCUCAGUGAGAGAAAAAUCCAUUCUGUUACACCCGCUAACUCCCCCUUUCCUGCCUCCCCAGCCCCCCAAUAUCCACCCGACAGAAGGAUAUACUUUGCUAUAACUUAUUAUUAUGUUCUCUGUAAAUACAAGAUGUUUAUAGGAAAUGUGUAUUCUGAACUAUAUCUGCAGAGUGGAUUGCGACAUCAAAAUAGUUCUGUUUAUUUAGAAUAUGUUCAUUGUUAAAGGGACCUAAUAGGUAUUUAUUUACAUAUGCCAUCCACAUUUUCAUAAAAUCAUUUGCUCAUACUAACUCAGCUUCCUGGUAUGUUGCUGCCCCACGGUGUCUUAUUCUAAGUUUAGUACAAACUUUUGGGGGUUUAAGAUCGAAUAUAACUGACUCUACUUUUGACAUAUUCAGGGGUCUCCCCAACCCCCCAUAUUGUGCCUGACUAAGACUGCCACCUUUCUGUCUUAACUACUCUAUUUCCUCAUAUAAUCCGCCCUCUCCUCACACCCGGACACCUGGAGAAGGGCAGGGUGUUUCUCAUCCCCUCUCAGUGUGGCCAGCUGUUAGCUUCACCAGCCUCGGUGCUCAGGAGGUCAGAGCCGUGGACGACUCGGGCUGAGGGGGUUGGGAGAAGCUGGGGACAUGUGGCUGCAUCUCAGCUCUGGUGACAGCUCCGGGGUCCUUGUUGGGGGUUGCUGGGGCCGGGGCCUCGAGGCUGACCUGUGAACUGCAGACCCGGGAGUGAGAAGCCCACAGAGGACAACAUCAAUCCGUGUCUCCUUUACAGUGUUAAGUUAUUAUAGAAGGAGGAGGCGAGCAGAAGGUGAAUUAUAUGAGCAAAUAUGGGCUGUUUUCAGCACUAUUUUGUGUACAACUAAUUUAUUUUUAUUGUAAAAAUACAAUAAACUGGGUAAAUAGUUAACAUA